AUGUCGUUGUUCAAUUCCAGAAUUUUCUUCGCACUUUUCGUAUUCUUCGCCUACUUUCAUGGGUUGAUGUUAUGUGCAGUUGUGUCACUGAGUUCAAUUGAGAUCUUCGAUAACCGCGAGUGGCUAAGAACGACUUCAACUGUUUAUUUCCUUUGUAAAGGAGAGAACAAGAAGGUGUUUGAAGAUGUUAAGAGAACUCGUUUCGUUUAUGCUUUCAAUGGUCAACAAUCUUGGCAGGUUUUAACUAACUUUUCGAGUAUAAAAUGCAAGUGGUGUGGACUCUAUGAGGAAGACAGCAUUACUUCAGAUGAUGUUUAUGACGAGUGGGAGUUUUGUCCUUCUGAAUUUACUGCACCCCAUGGUGAAUAUGUUAGGUUCAAAGAAAAGCAAUUCAAUGCUACUUUUUUGUGCCCGGAUUGUUUAUCUCUUGCUCGUGUUUCUAGCUCUUCUGAUAAGCGCAGAAAGCAUAUAGCAAUUCUGGUUUUCCUUGGUGCUCUGGCCUCAAUCGUUCUGAUUCUUGGAAUGAUGGGUUUGUAUAAGUUCUGGCGGAAGAAAAGAAAGGAAGAAAACCAGGCUCGGUUUCUGAAAUUACUUGAAAAUGGAGAUGACAUUGAGGAUUAUCUGGGUCUUGAUAGUUCGUUAAUAUAA